AUGCGGACGUCUCUCUGCUCACAUUUGCUGCUGCUUCUGGGCAGCAGCUUCAUCGCCGUCGCCUCCGCAUCUCGAGACACACCCCGAGACUCGCAAGUCCGCCUCACGGGUCCAAUUCGUCAUCACCAAGUCGACCCCGUUAUUCUCGAUGCAUUAAAGAAGCAUUCCGAUCCUGUCGAUGCCCUCGUCUCGCUGCACCCCGAGGCAGCUGAUCAGCUUGCCCAGCCUCGCUUGCUCCGCGUAUCUGGUGAGCCGACGGCCAGAUGGAUGACCGAAGGCGACAAGUUGCGCCUCAAGCGCAAGGGCCACAAGUUUGUUGACAUUACCGACCACGAGGACUUUUACAAACAGAAUGUAAACGCCUUGGCUGGAGAGGCUCAUUUGCCCAAUCUCUCACAUCAGCACAUUGUAAAGCCUCUCCUCCCCCAAGUCUCGACAAAGAGGAUGCGCCAUGUGCUGGAACACAUGACUAGCUACUACACCAGAUACUUUGGUAGUGUGACGGGCGAAGAGAGCGCCCAAUGGCUUCAUGAUCACAUCGCUGAGAUUAUCAAGGAAUCCCCAUUCCACACCCACAUCUCUCUCGAGGUUUUCACGCAUUCUUUCCCUCAGCCAUCCAUCAUUGCUCGUUUCGAGCCCAAAGUGCGAAACUUCUCGCUGCCGCUGACCAUCCUUGGCGCACACCAAGACUCCAUGAACUACCUGUUCCCUCUCCUGCCCGCGCCUGGUGCCGAUGAUGACUGCUCGGGGACUGUGAGCAUACUAGAGGCUUUCCGCGUGCUGGCAACCAGCGGCUUCAUCCCCAUCAAUGGACCCGUCGAGUUUCACUGGUACGCCGCUGAGGAGGGCGGUCUUUUGGGCAGUCAAGCUAUCGCGCGAUACAAGAAGGAGUCGGGCGCUCGCAUCGGCGCCAUGAUGGAAUUUGACAUGACAGCCUUUGUUGCCAAAAAUGCUACCGAAUCCAUUGGCUUCAUUGAGACGGAAGCGGAUGCUCCUCUGACCAAGUGGGCAGCCGACUUGGCCAGCGAAUAUGUCUCGAUUCCAGCCAAGGUGUAUAAGCUCCCAAGCGGCGCGGGCUCCGACUACAUGUCUUUUACGAAGCUCGGCUAUCCGUCCGCUUUUGCCUCGGAGGGUAACCCGUCGGCUGGUGCAUUUCCUGGCGAAUUCGACCCUUAUGUCCACACCGCCAAAGACACCAUGGAUGUUGAUGACGACACGGGCAUCUUCUCGCUCGAGCACAUGGCGCGAUUUUCAGAGCUGGCCAUUGCGUUCGUUGUCGAGCAGGCAGGCUGGGACAACAAAUGGAGGUGA